CUGAUCCGGGAGUGGAAUGCGGUUACUUGGUGAAACAUGAGAAAGGCGAUGGGACAUUUUGCUGGGCACAACACGCAUUCAAGGUGGUGGCUGACAAAGCAGCAGGCGUGUAUAAAUGCGAAUGCAUACAGUGGGAGCAUACAGGUCUGUUCUGCAUGCACAUAAUAAAGGCAUUCACCCACCUCCAAGUCCAAAACAUACCUGAAAAGUACAUUCUGAAGCGAUAUACACGUAAUGCAAGAUCUGUGGUUCCGUGGGACCGGCACGAUGUGAGUGUUGGUGGUCAAAAUGAGACAGAGCAGUCAAGGUUGUCGAAGCUGCUGCCAAAGUUAAUGCGACUGGGAAGAGCGGGAAGCAAAUCUGAUAGAGCAUACACUGAAACUAUCAGGCACAUCGACAUGAUAACUCCUGGGAUUGAGCUUCUACGAACAGCGGAGAUUGGUCCGAUUGGUCCGGACGAAGCAACAAAUACUGAGUUGCAGCAAGAUGCAGAAGGACGGCGGAAUAUUGGUCCCAUUGCACCAACACAACAAAGUUCUGACAACAAUAUAGAACCUGUUGUGAUGCCAACUGGACCUACACCACCACCAGAAUCGGGCCUGAAUCCAGAUUCUGCAAACUGCCUCACUGAUCUAAGAUUGACUGAACCGCCAGUGUCGCGCACGAAGGGUAGGAAGUCUGCCAGUGGGGCUAAAUGUGCUAAAAAUAGUGUGGAACCUGCUAAUCCAUACAGCACAUAUAGUGGUGGUCAAGGGCUCCACCUCGCCGGUGGGUACAGAACACAAACAUAUACAUUGGUUGCAACUGCAAUGGCUGGGAUUUUUCAAACAAUAUUGGAAACUGCAGUUUAG